AUCAGUCGUUGUUCGGACUCCGUUACGGUUACUUGGACUUCGAUACGGUCGCGAAUGAAUUCUUCGAGUGAGUUGCAUAUUUACGUGUGUACAAUUCGUAAAAUGUAUUGGUUUAAUUUUUAAAUACAUUUUUGUAAAUACAAUAAUUUAGUAACGUGUUAUUUAAGUGUAAUAAUUUGGAUUAUCGUCGAAUUUUUGUUGCAAUAAAAUCACGGUUUCAAAGCAGUAAUAAUCAAAGACACUUAAACACUGUUGACGUAUAUUUUUAAAUUCGUAUUCAUAUUCAGUUCAUAAGAUUAUUACCAUCUACCGAUAAACAAUGAGAGGUGAACUUCAUCGGUAACCGUCCAAAUGAACAGUAUCUGACGCGGGAAUGGCGUAUUCGCGCGAGCCCCUGCGGCUAACGAUGGGCAACCGUGACGCGAAGACGCGGUUGGUGUACGCGCUGCUGUUCGUGUUCGUGUAUUGCGGCGAACAAAUCACUGCCGAUUAUGGCGUCGGUGGCGGUGGAGUGCUAGCUGACAACGAUGAUGUCAGAGGCGGUGGUUCGCGGGUGUCGGUAGUUGACUCCGCUGCAGCGGCGGACAGUAGCAGGAAGCAGAGAGUGCACCACCACAAACGCCAUUUGUCGAAAUCUUCAUCGGCGGUCGACUAUGCCCCGGGGAACGCACUGAUUAACGAGCUCGGAAAUCCGGACAACAUGUUCGUCACCGAAAACGGCACCGUUGUCACGUCACAAAUCGGCGGCACCGCAAUCCUCCCAUGCGCCACCGUAAAACCCGGAACGGCCACGGUGUCUUGGGUCAGACGGAUAGACUAUACAAUUUUAACAAUAGGGAUGAGAAGUUAUAGCAGCGACAAAAGGUUUUACGUUGACCACACCAGACAUUUAAAGACAUGGAAUUUAGAAAUAACGCCAGUGGAAGCAUCAGAUGCGGGUUUGUAUGAAUGUCGUAUAGCCACACAUCCAACAACCAGCAAUUUUGUACAUUUAAAAGUCACAGAGGCCAGAGCGGAAAUCCUCGGCUCACCGGACCUGUACAUUAUGAGCGGCAGCAGCUUAAGACUUGUGUGCCGGCUACAGGGGUCAACGCAAGCCCCGCUAUUCGUGUUCUGGUACCAUUCCGAUCGGAUGAUCAAUUUUGACACGGAUCGGGGCCUAGUCGUGCACAUCAAUAGCACGGAAAGCGACCUGAUUAUGCCGUACACAAAUACGUCGGACAGCGGCAAUUACACAUGUCAACCACAAAACAUAUCGCCGGCCACGAUUCACGUGCACGUGCUUCAAUCUGAAGUACCGGCGGCCAUGCAACACGGGGUCCGUAGCUCGACUUCGGGGUCAUUCGCCAUCUCCAAUUGUGCUAUGUUUACAAUAAUUUAUAUGCUUUUGCAAAUGUUAAGCUAAAAUGGACUGGAAUUUAGUGGGUCUUAACUACUAUAUACAAAAUAUUAUAUUAUAAUUUUCCAUCAUACUAAUAAUAAUUAUAUAUUUUGUCUUCAAUGUAAAUAAUAAAAUGGUUACGAUUUAUUAUACUAUAUAAUGACAUCGCUAUCAUAUACUUAUCGAUGUGUAAAAACUAAUAAAUAUAGAAGAAAAAAAAAGGAAAUAAUUAUUAUCAGUUUUUUUGUGUAAGUUUAUUAACAUUCUAUUUCGCUAAGGCGUGACAUAUAGCUUUUAAAUGUCGUUGAUCUUAACUUUUGUGUUAUUGUGUGUAAAGAAAUGUAAAAAAAUUAUUAAUAUUUAUGUUAAUUGAACUUUUGUGAACAACUAUCGGUUCAAUAAAUUCAGAAGAAAAGUUAAUUACAUUAUGAAAAAAUCAUUUUUCAUUUUAUCAAUCAAUGAUAAUAUGUGUAAUAUAUUACUUAAUACUGUUUAUAUGCCACAUAUACGUACUUAAUCAUAUCACAUUUGUAUUUGAAUACUGUCACAAGAAUAAUAGUCACUAUAGGUAUGGUGAGUUACUUGAAAAAUGAAACAACAAUUUUAAAUAAUUAUUAAACUGUUUUUAAACGUAAAAAUAAUUUUAAUUUAUACUUCAAUUUAUGAAAUUUUAAUAAAUAAAAAAAUUAUUUUUUAUUUAAUGACCGUACUCCAUAAUAUUGUAAAUUUAAAAUAUUAAUUAAUAUUUGUAAUAUUAAAAAAAAAAAAAAUGCUUUUAGGUUUUAAUAUAAUCAGUAUUAAUGAUCAGACAAUAUAAUAUUCUCUAUGAAUGUAAAAAAAAUAAAGUAAAUAAUCAAUUUACAUAGAAACAAAAACAUCAUUGCUAAGUUCAUUAGAUAUUAUAUCAUAACUUAAAAGUUAGAACUAUUAUUAAUCAUAGCCAUGAAACUUUAACUAACAUUUAACUGAAGUAAAUAAUUUAACGUAACGGUAAGGCUGUACAUUGUAUAAUAUUAUUAAUAUUAUGUUUUUAGUUUCAUUAUAAAAGACUGCGAAAUUGUUUUGUUUCAAUAAAAGUUUUUGACUGGUGGCUAACAAUAAUAUUCCACACAUGCCAAACAAAUAUAUAGUUUGCCGUCUGGAAAUUGUUCGAAGGGUUUGUAAAUUUUCAUAAUGUCCGUAUAAAUAUUCUUAAUCAAAAUUUGGUUCAUCUAAUAUGGUUAAUAUUAAAUGAUGCUUUGAAAUAUUCAACGUAUUUAUUAAAAUAUUUUUCACACAUUUACAAGAAUCGGACAACUAUUCUCUACACUUAAACUAUCGAGUAUCUAUCUAAAACAUUGUACAUCUAUUAUUAAAAUUACUCGAUCGAGUCAUUUUUUGUUUGCGGUUCAAGUUUUUGUUAUACAUAAUAAUAUAUAAUAUAUAAAAGACAAUAUUUAGAGACACUUCAUAAUAAAAUGAGCUAAUUAAUUUGAAAACAGUUUAACUAAAAUCAUAAUAAUAUUGUAAAUGCAAAAGAACUGUAAUGUAUUACCUAUUUAAAUUUACAUGAUUACAAAAAUCCUAUACAUUACGUAUUUACGUUUUUAAUUUAUUAAUUUAUCGUCGACUUUAAUAACAACUUUAAAUCAUAGUUUAUUGUAGAUUGCCCGUAUGAUUCCAUCAACUAUUGUAUUUUAUGUAGGUACUACACAUAUUUUACAGUGAAUAAUAAAUUACAUUCCACAUCGUACACUUCAAUUGAUCGUGACAUAAAUCUCGAAUAAUAAGUUUCAAUGGUAUUAUUAUUGUUUUUAAUAAUUAAACAUUUAGCAUCGUUGAAAAUACAAUAAUUUUAUUUUUACAACCGUGUUUUGAGAUGAUAACUUUGUAUUCAUACGAAUGUAUUUGAUAUAUUUAUCUCUCCUCAAAGAAUUGAUGACAAUUUUUUUCGAAAAAGAUUUAAUAUUAUACGAUUUUUUGCGUAUGUGUGUAAAAAUAAAUAAAUAAAUAAAUUAUUACGUUAAUAUCUAGUCAGCUCUCUAGCAAAGCUCCAUUUAAAUAUCAUGUUGCACAGGAAAACGUAUUUAAUGAAUAAUGCAAGUCAUGUUAAAAAGAGGGAGCACUCCAUAAUUUAUUAAGUAAAGUUUAAAGGCAGGAACAUUAUUAAAUUUACCAAUAAUCGACGUAUUCUUGGAAUAAUUGUGUUGAGUUUAUUUUUGGUAGGAAGGAUGUAUAAUAAGGAAAAAAAAUUUGCAUCUUAUUCAUUAUGACUGUAAACUAAGUGUAUUUGUAUACACGCGUUGAAUCGAUCGGUGAAGACCUUAACGCAUCCUGUGAAAAUCGACAGAAUAUAUAUAUAUAUAUAUAUAUAUGUUCUUUUUUUUUAAUGGCUGGCAUCCAAAAGAGUUAUAAAAAAAUUAAGAUAAUAGUUAGAUAACUUCACACAGACAAAAACAUAAUGCUCGUUUAAUAACGCUAAGAGAAGUUGUUUUUCGAUUUUCUGAUAAUAACUAAUAAGACUUAACAUCGACAACUAAAAUAAUCAAAAUUUACCUACCCGUAAUUUAUCUUCUAUAAUAAUACAGCAAUAUUAUGGUUAUUACUAUAAUAAAACGAUACUUACUGACAUUAAAACAAAAACCAAUAACUGUAUUUUAUGAUUACUUAAGUCAAAUAAUCUUCCGGGACAGUGUUUCGAUAUUUUUCGGAGACAGUAUACACGUACUCGUCUCCACCUGAAAACAUGUACGUACUUUUAAAUGAUAAAAGUAUUAUGUAAUUAUUAUGUGUAAACAUUAUGUUAUUUUAUAAUAUAUUAUUAUUAUAAUCUAAUAAAAUAAUUAUAAUAUAAGUUUUUUUUUUUUAAUUCUCGAUUGUGUGGAAAACAAUGUACAAAUUUCAUUCCAUUGUAAGUAUUGUGUACAAAUAUUUUUUUUUUAUAUAUUACUAUAUGGUGAAAAAAUUCAUCAAUGGCUGGGUUUUAUUUAUUAUUAUUAAUUACCUAUACAAACAUAAUUUCAAUACGCAUAAAUUUUAGUACGUUAAUAUUUUUACGAAACGAUUUAUGUUAUGCAUGUGUUAUUAUUACUACUUUUAAUCAAUUUAAGUAUGUUUUAUAGCAGUAAAAAUUAAUUUCAAUGAGAAAUUUCAAAAUAUUUGCCUUGUGACAUCAGUUAAAAAACAUGUUUUACAAUAUUUGGUUAUAACUAAUUAUAUGAUAAAACAUAGUGCCGUUUCGGCCAAUAUAAUCAUUAUAAUUAUGUAUUGUAAGCCUAAAAAUAUUGUACAUCGAAUCGAGACGGUACUUUUUUAUUUUUGUGUAAAUUAUUAAAAUUUUGUUGGAUUUUUAUUUAUAACAUGUGAAAAUAAAAUAAAUUAUGUUAAAAUGAA